UUCUCUCUCUCCUUCUCUCCCUCUCUCCCUCCCUCCUUCUCUCUCUCUCUCCUGCGUCUCCUCAGACUCGGACAGCCAGUCCAGUGUGGCGCAGCAGUCUCUGUCUGACGGAGAGGACCAUCUGGAGCGCCUCCAGCAGGUGGAGCUCUCGCGCGCUCUGCCCAUCUCCGUGUGGAAGGCCGCCACCAUCCACGCCUGGCUCGACGUCGUCAUGGCAAUGCCCAUGUACUCACGCACUUGCACCGACAACGUCAAGAGUGGGAAGGUCUUACUGGGACUCACAGAUGAGGAUCUGGAGCUGGGACUGGGCAUCAACAACCCCCUGCACCGCAGAAAACUACGCCUCGCCAUAGAGGACUACAGACAGGCAGAGCAGAAUGGCCAGGGGCUGUGUAAGGCGUCGGAGAUGGACACCCACUGGGUGUGUAAGGUGUGGCUGGGGGAGGUGGGGUUGCCGCAGUACGGCCAGGCGUUCCAGAGCCAGCUGGUGGACGGACGCACGCUGGGCUCUCUGACGCGCAGAGACCUGGAGAACCUCCUCACCGUCUCGGACCAGCAGCACCAGAACAGCCUGCUGCUCGCCAUCCAGCUGCUGCACAUACUCAACUUCGACAGAGAGGCUCUCCAGAUGAGGAGGAGUCAGUGUGAGGAGAAGAGUGUGGAUCCUCUAGUCUGGACGACACAGCGCGUCAUCAAGUGGAUCAGAGACAUCGACCUCAAGGAGUUUGCGGACUCUCUGCUAAACAGCGGUGUUCAUGGAGCCCUUAUGGUCAUGGAUCCGUCCUUCAACGCCGACUCACUGGCCAAGACUCUGGGCAUCCCCACACACAGACACAUGCUGCUACGCCAUCUCCACGAGGAGCUGAACACACUCCUCUCCCCCGCCAGAGGCAUCCAGCCGCAGGAGUGUGAAAAGCAGGGCACCCCCACACACUCCCCCGCCAACACACACUCUCCCGCCAACACACACUCUCCCGCCAACACACACUCUCCCGCCAACACACACUCCCCCGCCAACACACACUCCCCAGCAAAGACACACUCCCCAGGUGCCAUGAUACGCCUUUCUGAGGAACGCAGCUCACUUCGACAGACAGCUGGAAAGAGUCCCUUGAAGUUCAUUCCCAGGUUCCCUGGGGGGCGGGCCUUGAGUUUCCAUGGAGACGAGCAGGUCAAGGCUCCACCCCGCAACAAAGGCAGCCCCUUACACACACACACACACACACACACACACAGCAGCCCCUUACACACACGCACACACACAAACACACACAGCAGCCCCUUACACUGUUACUCUGGCAUAGAGAUCACCAAUGUCUGACACACACAAACACACACACACACAUACAUAGACACACACACAUACACACAAACACACACUCACACACACACACACACACACACACACACACACACACACACACACACUCUCUCUCUCUCUUCAGUUUUUACACAGCUACUCUGGUACUGAAAUCACCAACACAGUUACAGAUCAAGAUGAAUAACAUAUUACUUCUUAAGAUUUAAACUAAAAUACUCACACAUAGAUCUCUCUCUCCCUCUUUCUCUUCCUCUCACAAACACACACAUUCUCUUUUCCUCUCACAAACACACACUCUCUCUUUUUCACUCACAAAC